AUUUCAUGACAUUUCUUAACUAUAUGCAAGUAUAUGAACGCUACGCCGCGGUAAGCACGCCGGUUGAUGUUAAAAACGUGCUAUUAGUUUUUGUAAGUUUUAUAACUUUUAACUAAAACAGAAUUAGUUAUUUUUAAUUUCGUAAGUAAAAGGAAAUAAUGUCGAAACCACCAUAUAAAGUUGCUAAUUUGAGUUUAUCUGAGUGGGGAAGAAAAGAAAUAGAUUUAGCUGAAAAUGAAAUGCCUGGACUAAUGGCUAUUCGUAAGAAAUAUGGACCUCUUAAGCCACUGAAAGGUGCUCGAAUUGCUGGAUGUCUUCAUAUGACAAUUCAAACUGCUGUUUUAAUAGAAACAUUACUGGAAUUAGGAGCAGAAGUACAAUGGUCAAGCUGUAAUAUAUUUAGUACACAAGAUCAUGCAGCUGCUGCCAUGGCAAAGAGAGGUGUCCCUGUUUAUGCUUGGAAAGGGGAAACUGAUGAGGAAUAUAUUUGGUGCAUUGAACAGACAUUAUUAUUUUCUGGUGACAGGCCUUUAAACAUGAUUUUAGACGAUGGAGGUGAUUUGACAAAUCUUGUGCAUACAAAACAUCCCCAAUAUUUAGAGCAGAUUAAAGGAAUAAGUGAAGAAACCACUACAGGGGUGCACAAUUUAUACAAACUCCAUAAAGAAGGAAAAUUGAAAGUUCCAGCUUUUAAUGUUAAUGAUUCUGUUACAAAAAGCAAGUUUGACAAUCUUUAUGGCUGUCGAGAAUCCCUAGUUGAUGGAAUUAAACGAGCUACUGAUGUUAUGUUGGCUGGAAAAGUAUCAGUUGUAGCUGGUUAUGGAGAAGUGGGCAAAGGAUGUGCUCAGUCUCUUCGUGCAUUCGGCAGUCGAGUGUUAAUAACUGAAAUAGAUCCAAUAAAUGCCUUGCAGGCUGCCAUGGAGGGUUACGAGGUGACUACAAUGGAAGAAGCGUGUAAAGAAGGUCAGAUUUUCGUCACGACUACCGGAAACAAGGAUAUCAUUAAAGCGGAGCAUUUUAUAAAUAUGCGAGAUGACAGUAUAGUUUGUAACAUUGGCCACUUUGACUGUGAAAUUAAUGUAUCUUGGCUUGACAAAAACUCAAAAGAAAAAGUAAACAUUAAGCCGCAAGUCGAUAGAUAUACUUUAGAAAACGGAAGACAUAUAAUUGUACUUGCUGAAGGACGUUUGGUCAAUUUGGGUUGCGCUAUGGGACAUCCCAGUUUUGUUAUGUCUAAUUCAUUUUGUAAUCAAGUCUUGGCACAAAUUGAAUUGUGGACUAAUCAAGGCAAACACCCUGUUGGAGUUCACAUGUUGUCAAAAAAGCUUGAUGAAGAAGUAGCAGCUCUUCAUUUAGAACAUUUGGGAGUCAAACUUACAAAAUUAACACCUAGUCAAGCAGAAUAUAUUGGAGUUCCUAUAACAGGACCCUUCAAACCAGAUCAUUAUCGGUAUUGAAGUAAAAAGUUUCCAAUUAUCUACCAUUUUUGUAGCUAAAAGUUUGAUUUCUUAAAUAUGAAAGUUACCCUCAUUGCAAAGAGGAAGUGAUCAAAUCUUCUAUAAUAAGUCUCAACUAAUUUGUAGCUAUUUUAUUUAAUUUGCCUUUUAUGUAAAAUAAUAUAUUGGUUUGAUAGUGA